AUGAAGCUCACUCUACUCGCCGUCACACUCGCGACGCUCGCCCCCUGCCUUGCAGCUCCAGCGUACAACGCAUCCGUCACCAGCUUAGAGAAGCGUCAAGUGUCAUGCAGGACUAUCAGCCCGGCGGUAACCCCUGUCCCCUUUGACCCUGCGGCGCACCGGUGUGCUUUCCACACGGAACCUUCGGGUGCCUACCCGAGAGCGGAAGAGGACAACAUGUUAACCGGUGUCCCCUCCAGGGCGAUCAAUGUCUCGAUGGCGGAUGUUACGAUGGGUGCCAUUACCGGUUACCGGGUUGAGGGCAAUGGCGAAGGAGCCGCUCGAGGUGCGAGGCGGAAUGGCGUGCCAUGUAAAUUUGGUCAGGUAUCAAUACAUCAGGUUGCCAGUCUCAUUCUCGAUCCCAGCGCUCUCUUGGUGAUUCUUCCAUGGUAUCCGAACAAAAGUAUGGCAUCCAUUGUCUCGAGUGCCUAUGACGCCGAUAGCGCGCACCUGCUUUAG